AUGGCUCCAGAGGCGUCAGCACCGGCGGGCUCGUCGUCCCACAUGAUGAAGACGACAAAGCGCGGCAGGCCGUUUCUCAAGGACACCCUUGACCUGUUUGCGACCCUGGUUGUGUCGUUAGAGCUUACUUCCAAUAAGCAGUUCUUCCGGACAUACCACCAUUCGUUCACGACCGACGAUGCAGCGAAGAAUCUGGCCUCAUUAAAGUUCUCGCAAUCCAAUCGAGGGCCGGAUCCUCGAGACCCUUCCCGAAUUGUGACAACCACGACGACCACGACCUUCUCUAUGACUCGCGAAAUGGCAAAGGCCAUGUGCCAGCAAUUCAUGGAUGCUCGUUUGAUCGAGAAUGCUGCUGAUCCUGGCUCAAAUUUGUUCAAGGAUCGCGGUGUUUAUGUGCUUACGCCCAAGGGUCUGCAUGUCCUGGAGCGCUUCAUGAGCAAGAAUGGAAUCAACGGAGAUCAUCUGGGGCCCGUCUUCGCCUCACAGCCCAUCUGCAUGAAGCUGCUGCAUCUCGAGCGGCGGUCGGUUGAUGAUGAAAUUAUCGUUUCGCAUUCGGUCAUUACCGCCCUCUUCCGACGGUUUGUCGGUCGUCGUCCCAACUAUCCUCCAGACAGCAUGGAUGGAUUCGAUGCGCACCAACGGUAUCACGAGCGGGCGAAAGGUGUGGCGUUGCUAGAUGUCGCGGAUAGGCCUGUGGGUGCGAAGGCGGCGACCGUGACGAAGCAUUGCUUUGCGGCGGUGACGGCACUAGAGUGGUUGUGCGACUUCACGUCCGUGAUUGGACGAGAAGAGGCAGCAGAGAUGGCGGCGCAGUUUGUUCGGUUUGGCUUGAUCUCGCUAGUCAGCGACAAGCGGAAGAACAAUGAUUCUGCCAUCAUUUUCACUGUUCGCGGUGCAGGAGGCGGUCCCAACUCGUCUAUCUCACAAACCGGAGAAUUCCGCUGUACCGCAAAGGCCAUUUACAGGGUCACGGAGGAAGGUCGAAAGCUAGCCCGAUGGGAUGUGCCCGAAGGCGCUAUCGGCUCUCCUAACGCUUCUUCAUCCAAUAUUGCUGCACGCUCGUCUGACGACCAUGGAAGUAGCGUGCAGAGCGCCACUGCGCCAGGCGGUGACGCCAAGAUCCACCGACGCAUUUCCAUGACCGAGAAGCUGACUGUCACGAGCGAGGCCGACAAGAAGAAUGGCAAGGAGAGCAACACAGACCGCCUAAAAUAUAUCAUCGAGGAGCCGCAACUUCGUUCUCUGUUCCGAGAAUUCCUACGAAGUAACUUCUGCGAGGAGAAUCUUUCGUUCUACCUGGACGUUUUGGACUUCAAGCGAAAGUUCGAUGUUACUUCGAGCGCCAACGCCAAUUCCAGUGCUGAGUCGUCGCGGAGUGGAUCUGGAUCAAAGGCCACGCCUGGUCAGCUCGCCAUGGAGCGCCACCAUGAGGCCCUCAUCCAAAUGGCCUUCGUGAUCUACAACACCUAUCUGGCGCCUUCAAGUCAGAGCGAACUCAAUAUCGACCACGGUCUUCGCAACGAACUGUCAGGAUACUUGAACGAUGUCAUCACAAGCUUGACGGGCAAGACAUUCCAGGGCCGCGUGGAGUUGGAGCAGGCAAAUGCGUUUAACGCGACACAACUGCAGAAGAUGAUUGGGUUGUAUGAGCGCAUACAAACGCAUGUCUUCCGUCUGAUGGCAACAGAUUCAGUACCAAAGUUCAUCAAGACACCGCGAUUCCUCGCGCUGCGCAUCAAGCUCGAUAACGAGGAUGAUGGACCCCUCAGUGACUUUCCGGUUAUGCUGGGUGCGGCGAUGCCGUCUGUUCCUCCCGGACUUGGGGGCGAGGAGGAGGUGGGUGGGGCGUAUGUGACGAUUUCGCAACGUGCGGCAGUGCAAGAUCGACGGUCGGGCGGCGAGCGAGGGCCAUCGUCAUGA